AUGCAACAGAAUGAAUCCCCUUUCAUGCUCUUUCUGAACGCAAUUCCAAUAUGCACGCGAGUGAUGCUGAUAUCAACACUCUCGUUUUCUAUAGCAACAAGCUUUUACCCUUCGAUUGGGUAUUUGUCGUAUUUUGAUGAAGAAGAAAUAACAGAGAGGUUCCAGGUCUGGCGACUUUUCACGCCAUUUUUUGUCAUGCGGAUGGGGUUCCCAUUUAUUAUGCACCUCCUCAUGCUUUACAAGUUUUCUGCGGAACUUGAGGAGUCAUACUUCAAUAACACAAAAGACUAUGUCUUAUACCUUCUCUUUAUUUUAGGGCUAAUCGACACGUUCUCUGUUUUAUAUGUUCCCCUCCACCAACAGUUUAUUACAUGCAUUGUGUACACCUGCUGUAGAGCUGAUCCAGAGAGUGUCAUGUCGUUCUUGUUUGGUAUCACACUGAAGAGAAAGUAUGUACCAUGGGCACUCAUUCUAUUGAAUGUACUUAUGGGCUCCCAACUGUUACCUUCCUUUGUGCUGAUUGCUAUCGCCCAUUGCUAUUACUUUGUAAGACAUGUCAUUCCAGUCCAUUACCCACAGAUCCCACGACUUAUUUGA